AUGUCUUAUGGAUCCAUCACCGGCAGAGGUGGCCUGGGGAGUCGUGGCGCUUUCGGGGGACCCUCCAGACAAGGUUAUCAGCCCCUAGAGUGCGCUAGAUGUUGGACCGAGUAUGGAAUCCGCCACUUCCCCUGCCCACCACCAGAGAGCAAGCCACAGGACCCCUCUGUGGGCAAGGAUGGGGAAGGUGAUCUGGGGCCGGCGGGCACACCCAGAGUCCCAAGGGCCAGGAAGCAAGGGCCAGGGGUUGUCCCUGAAGGCAGCCAGACGCUGGAGCCCAUCUCCCCACCUGCCACUGGCCCAAGGAAGGACUCGGCUGCUGGGCCCCCUGGCCGAGGGGUGGUGGGACCCAGCAUCACCCGGGCCAAGAAGAGGAAGCCCAACUUCUGUCCACAGGAGACCGAGGUGCUGGUGUCCAAGGUUAGCAAGCACCACCAGCUGCUGUUUGGCACGGGGCUGCUGAAGGCCGAGCCCACCCGCAGGUAUCGUGUGUGGAGCCGCAUCCUGCAGGCUGUCAAUGCGCUGGGCUAUUGCCGCCGUGAUGUUGUUGACCUCAAGCACAAGUGGCGGGACCUGCGAGCUGUUGUGCGGCGCAAGCUGGGCGACCUUCGGAAGGUGGCCCACGGCUCAGGCUCUGACAAGCCCCAGGCCCUGGCCCUCACGCCUGUAGAGCAGGUGGUGGCCAGGACCUUCUCCUGCCAGGCCCUGCCCUCUGAGAGCUUUGGCCCAGAGCCUCUCACAGCCACCCAGGUUGAUCCUUGUGACCUCCAGGAGCUGUUUCAGGAGACGUCGGCCAAUGUCUUCCGCAUCAACUCCAGCGUGACUUCCUUGGAGCGGAGCCUCCAGUCCCUGGGUACGCCAAGUGACACACAGGAGCUUCGGGACAGCCUGCACAUGGCGCAGCAGGAGACCAAUAAAACCAUCGCGGCCAGCGCCAGUGCUAUGAAGCAGAUGUCAGAGCUUCUGCGUGGCUCCUGCCUGGCCUUCUGUUUGCAGCAGGAGCGUCUGCAGCUGGACCGGCUGAAGACUCAGCUCUCAGGUGCCAUUCAGCGUUAUGGAGGGGUGCAAAAGAAAAUUGCAGAAAAGUCCAGAGCACUGCUUCCCACGGCACAGAGGGGUGGCAAACAGAGUCCUCAGGCCCCUUUUGCGGAGCUGGCUGAUGAUGAGAAGAUCUUCAAUGGGGGUGACAACAUGUGGCAGGGCCAGGAGCAGGCGCUGCUUCCAGAUAUCACUGAGGAGGACCUGGAGGCCAUCCGGCUGCGGGAGGAGGCUAUCCUGCAGAUGGAGAGCGACUUGCUGGACGUGAAUCAGAUCAUCAAGGACUUGGCCUCCAUGGUGUCGGAGCAAGGAGAUGCUGUCGAUAGUAUUGAAGCCAGCCUUGAGGCUGCGUCCUCGCAUGCGGAGGCAGCCAGCGAGCUCCUGGCUGGAGCCAGCCGGCACCAACUCCAGAGACGCAAGAUCAAGUGCUACUUCCUGUCGGCUGGAGUCACCGUCCUGCUGGUCAUCAUCCUCAUCAUUGCCACCUCUGUCCGAAAGUGAUGCCACCUGUGGUGGAUGCCGUCACCUGGCCCACGGUGGGCCAGAGAGAGCUUCGCCCCUGCCUGCUGCCCUGCCCUGUGCUGACGCCACCCACCUC